AUGGCUCCUGCCGGAUUUUUCACCGUGAGAUUUGUGCCGCAGCUUGAUUCGAAAGCGACGCAGGUGGACAAAGAGCUCGAGAUCGCGAAACAGAAAUCUCAUGCUGCGAGAUGGUCUCAUGAAAAGCGCAAGAAUAAGAAGAAGAAGCAGGAGCAAGAGGAAGUUUGGCGGAUUGAAGAUCCUCACGCAAGCGCUCACUAUGGAGUUUGGGCAGAUAGGCAAGUGGAUAUACGUGGACAGGGCAGCUUAGUCCUCUAUCCAACGAGCGGCUUUUCCCAACCCAGGAGAUUCAAUCCUGCAAGAGACAGCAGAAGCCCGAGUCUGCUGGAAAUUCUGGGCGGUGGUAACUCAGAUCCUUUCAAUGCUAAGCCUCUCCGCAUUACCCCUGAGAUCAACAAACUCAUCACGUUUAUAAGAGAUGGCUAUUUACCUGGAGUAUAUAUCACUUCUUACAUGAAGUACAAAGAGAACCCGCGCGGAGCUCCCAUGCUCACCACUCUCGGAGAGGGAUUUCACGUCUUCGGUCAACGUACCGUAACGAAAGUGUGGAAUUCUAUGAAGGAAGAAUUCUCCGACGAGGGACGAGCGCUCUCGUGGUGUUCCAGCUACAUGCCAGUUCUGGCAAAGUUCUCCUCAUCAGACACCGCUCGUGAACUGCAUCUUCAUGCUAUCAAGAUGCGGGCGAAGAGCAUGACGAUCCUGAAGAACCGUAUCGAGAACCUGUCGCUUGAUGUGCCACCAGAUAUAUCGUUGGUAUCGCAGAUUGUCUCCCUCUUCCGGGCUGCCUGCAAAGAGAACGACAUUCCCGCGGCAAAGAUCCAUGCAGACAUCAUACAACGUCUGGUAGACCGGGUCGAAACCCCGGAUCUCCAUAUCCAGACGUUGUUCAUGACCUGCAUGAACAAUGACACAGAACUGGCCAUAGCCCAGAUGCGAAACACGUUCUUUGACUUUGAGAACUGGGUUCAGAGGCAGAUUGCUCGAUUCUGGAUGGAAACGCCAGAGAAGCACAUGCCGCAACUGCCGGCUGAUUACAAGGCGCUCCAUGAAAGCAUCCAACUGAACGCCACUCGCCAGGCAGCUAUCAGGCUCCGUCAGUACUUGUCCGUCCGGUCGACGACUAUCAAUCUAAAUGACCCCGAAGACCUCGACCGCACCGAUGCCAUAUACACAAUCUUCACGACGUAUUCUCAUUAUGAUUCUGGAGCCUUGAUCAAUGCAUACAUCAACCUCACCGCCGGCAAGGUCUACAAUAUCAAAGAAUCUUUUCGCCUCAUCGAAGCAUCACUGGCGCUUACCACUUUGCACAUAUUGCGACGGGGAAUAUUUGAAGCCACUGUUUAUGGGUGUGACCACCGUACGAGCCACCACAUGAUCACCAUCAAUCAUCUCGAGGGUACGAUGAGAAAAGCUUUGACCUUGGCAACGGCGGAUGUACUAACUCGGUAUCGCGAGGCUCUAUUUUGGGUAUUCUUCUAUGGGGCAAGGUUUGAGUGGCGUGUCAAUCAAAUGAUCAAAGACAUUACGCCGAGGACCUGGUUUACCAAGAUGCUUGCUCGACAAGCAGAGAUCUUGAGGGUAAUUGAGUGGCCCCAGGCGCGGGAUAUCCUCAACCACUUCGUAUUCUAUGGGUUCUUGGAGCCGUAUCUAGCACCAUGGUUCGCAGAGACGUUGGUCGGCAAUGAGCCGCCUCAAUGA